GAUCACGUCCAGACAACGGAAGUCAAUGCUUCAAAACAAGAUGUGGCCAACAGGUAUUCCUCGCUAUUUCAAACGGGAGUUUUUAUGUUUGCUGUUGAUUGGUAUCGUUUUAUGUUAUGGACAGACAGGCAAUGGAGGGCUUGCUGAUGGAGAAUUGGACGCGGUUGUGGAGUACGUAAAGCCGCAUGAAACAUUCAUUCCUACUGCUACAACUGAUCCAUUACUGGGCCAGAUAGUAGGCUACCGAUUUCAGCUGGAUGCGGAUGGUAACGAAGCGGUAUUCAAUAGGGUUUUUAGUGGAGUACCUGACUUCACAUCAGUGAGGGACGGGUAUAUAAGUAUUUCUGAGGCGCAAGCAACGGAGUUACUGAAGGUGAGAGUUUUAUAUUAAAUCUAACUACAGA